AUGGUGUCUGGUAGCUGGUUUAAAUUAAUAGAAGCUGUGGUUGGAAUACUGGUGGUGCUACUGGGAGCAUCCUGGGCUCCUUUGUCCUCUGUCCACUUGGAGCAUGAGUGUUUGUCCCAGGGACAGAUAAAUGUGUCCUGUGUCUCCGAGGGAGGGGACAGUCCUCUUCAGUACAGCUGGACUCUGAAUGGACACUCACUGACAGACUCUGAGCUUUUCUCUGAAAAUAAUCAUACUAAUAUCAUCGUUCUGAGACAGAAUAUCUCAGGACGUCUGGUCUGCUCAGUCAGGAACCAAGUCAGUGUCAUCUUCAGGGAAAUACAAAUAUCUACAUGUGGCUUCAUGAACUGUUCUGUGAAUGGGACACAAAUGUCUUUCUGGGCGUUUCAAGAAAAUAACAGCCUAUGUGUUGAACCAACAACUGUCCAUUCACCAGAUGCUCCUGAUAUCAAUGUUCUUAUGGAACAGUGGCCGAUAGCAGCUGGUGCACUCGGAGCUUUGAUAAUUAUCAUAGCUGUAAGUUCUGCAAUCAUAUGUGUCAGGAGGAAGAAAAAAAAUAACAGAGUGGAGGAAAAUAAUGGAGAGCUGGCCAAUGAUAACGGGAGGAGAAGAAGGCGAGAGGAGCAAUCUUUGGAUGUCCAAGUGGAGUAUGGCCAAGUGACGAAGAAACCUCGGCAUUCUGAUGUUGUUACCAUAACAUCAGAUAGUGAUGUUGUGUAUACACAGGUCCAUUUGAAAACCUCAACUAGAUAAAUUCAUGUUGUUUGCCUUAUGCUGAAAUCAAGAAAGAAGAGAAGAAUUCAUGCAGCAAAAUGCUACAUUAAUUUGCAUAAUGUAGCAAAAUGAGCAGAACCACAAGCAUGUGGUUGUUGUUAUGCCCAAAACAGUAUCAUGUUUAUAACUGAACUGCACCCACUUAACUGGAUGUUAUUUUUUACCUACUUAGUCGUCCUGUUAGCAAACCCCAACAUUGGU